AUGGUGGUUAGAUCUUUAAUAACUGGAGUUAUAAAUAGAGUUCCUAUAAUAAAUCAAUUUACAAAUAAAUUAGAACAAUCAGAGCAACAACAACAACAACAAAGAGUAUCAUCAAGACAUUCCAACACUACUUCUACUAGUUCGGAUGAAGAUUUUUAUGAUCAAGAUACAACAGACGAAUUUGAAGACGAAGAAGAAGAAGAUAUAAAACCAAUAAAUAUUCAAAGUUUAUCACCAAAAGAUAAAAUUCAUUCAAAAUUAAUUAAUAAUAGACAAAGUUCUUCUCCAAUACCACAAACAAUACCUGAAAUGACAUACCCAUUACCAUUACCAAACACAUCAUCAAAUACAAAUUCAAAAACAAAUUCACAAGAUGAUCAAGAAUUUAUAUUUGAUUCUCCUUCAAAAUCAAGAGUAAGUUCAAUAGAUAAAAGUAAUAUAUUACCAGUUUCAACAAGAUUAAAUAAAAGAAAAAAUCAAUCUAAUAAAAUUAAAAAUCCAUUUGCAACUUCAUCAACAACAAUAUCUAAUGGAUCAUCAGCAUAUACUUCAGCAAUUCAAACAUCUUCUGAAUCUGAAGAAGAAGAAAAUGAAGAAAUUAAAGUAAAACAAUACCUUAAUGAUCAAAAUUCAAAAUUUAAUGAUUUAAUAAAUAAUAAUAUUGAUGUUGUAUUAAAUGAAGAUAAAUCACAACAUUCACAUCAGAAUCAAGUACAACAACAACAAAUCCCAUCAACUCCAACUCAAUUAUUAUUUAAAAUGGCUUAUGAUAAUAAAGGAGCAAUAGCAAAUUCAAUUUAUCAAUAUGGUAAACAACAAAUAAGUUCAAAAUUACCAUAUAUACCAAUAAUAAAUCCAAAAACAAAUGAUCAAACUCCUAAAGUAGAAGAAAUUGAUAAUUUUAUAACUCCAAAAUUAGGUAGUCCUUUGUUAGAUAAUAAUUCAGAAUUAAUUCAAUACGAUAGAGUUUAUGAAGACAAUACAAGUUUAACUCAACAAAAUAUAAUAGAUCAACAACAUUUUGAUCAUUUAAUGAAUAAUUUAGAUGAUGAAAUUAAAAUUGAUAUUUUUUUAGAUUCAUUAGAUAGAGAAACAAAAUUGAAUUUAUUUAAACUGUUGAGGAAAGAUUUAAAUAUAGUUGGAGAUGAUAUUGAUGAUUAUUCAACUACUACAACAACAGGAGAUAAUAUAAGAAAUUUAUAUUAUAAUUCAAAUAUGUCAACAAUAGAUAAAUUUCAAAUGUUUAUAAUAGUAUCAAUAAAAUUAUUUAUUACAGGGAUAAAAUUAUUUAUACCAAUUACAAAAUAUAUAAUAUAUAAAUUUCAAAAAAAUGAUUUAUUUAUUUUCAAUUCAAAAAAUUUAAAUAAAUUUAUUGAUUUCAUUUUAAAAUUUAUGAAUUUUUUAGAUUUGAAACUUAAUUCAAAUGAAAAAAUCCUAAAUAAGAUAUCAAAUCAUGAUUAUAUUCAAACUGAAGAAAAUUUUGAAGAAUUAGUUAAUGAUUUUACUUUGAGGACUAAAAACAUGUUUAAACCAAAUUUUAUAAAAGAUAAAUUUAUAUCAAAAGAUGAUUUAUUAAAAAGAAAUUUAUAUGAUUAUUUUAUUUCAAAUAGUGGAUUUAAUUUUGAUACAACCACAGAAAAUACAAUUAAUUCUUCAAAAAAUUAUGAAAAUGAUCCAAAAUAUUCUAUAUAUUAUAAAAAUAAUAAUGAUUAUAAUUUAAAUUCAUUUGAAAGUAACAGAAAGACAAUCAAGAAUCAAAGAUCAAUACCAAAUUUAAAAAAUUCUUCUCCAAAUAAAAAUUCUAAUAAUGAUACUAGAGUAACUAAUGAUGAAAAUAUUUCAUUCAUGGAAGUUGCUGAUAAAUUUAUAAAUCAAUUAGAAAGUGGAGUUUAG